CUUAAUAUAAUGACUGAUUGUCGUUAAUGCUGAGUCCUCAGAAGGCUGACAAAGCAGGCCGAUUCGGGAGAACUUUAGAAGGUUCCUUUUGCGUGCGUAUGUGGCUGGUGCACACAGGGUGAGCUGCCGUUUUCCUCAAAUUGAGCGCAAACUACUCAAACACGGACAACGAAGAGAGACGUAACACGAGCGCUGACUUACGACUACAUCUAUCAUAUUCUACAAAAAGCAUGACCACAUUCAAUCAAGCAAGGAUCAUCUUCCUUCUAAUAUGUGCCGAAUGGUGCAUUGUUCAAGCGUGCAGAACCACCGAAUACAUGUUUUGGUGCCAUCGUAAUGACUACAUCCCUGGAGUCAUGUGUCCUGGAGUUCAGCCAUGGCAAUGCGAGAAAUCAAAGUUUAGGUGCGCAUGCAAGGAAGGGACAGCCCAGAGGUGGGACGCCUACUGCGUGCCUUACAGGGACUGCGUCUUCAGGGCCUUCUAUCCAGAAAAAUUGCUGAUGCUGGAUGAAGACCUCAUCAUGGUGGGGCUGUCAACCUCAAUAUUUGAAAAGGACACUUUGAAAUGCUUUGUGUCCUCCCCGUUUAGACGUGGUAGUCACAAAUUCCACCGCCUGGUGAAGUACAAAAAAAAAGUUGGGAAUCAGUGGCAGGACAUGCAAUUUGACCUAAAUCUCUACACUUCGGUACACUAUGGAGAAACACUCCUGGUCAAAGAUGCAUGGACCUCCCUGCCAUACGGAAUAGAGGAUUUUCCAUCUUUGCACGCCGACGAGGACUGCAUCAUUCUGGGAAAGAUGCCCCCAUAUGGACAAAAAACGGAAUGCACCUACUGGGUUCGCAGAAGUGUUGUUGGAAAUCGCAAUUGGCGUUGUGACUUCUUAUUCGAUAACUUCUGCAAGUCACAAGCGAUUGUAAUAAAUGAAAAAAACCUAAACCAGUGCUAAUAAACGCAGGAAAAGUUUA